AGUAUCUCUGAGCAUAGCUGUUCUAACUUACUUUUAAAUUACUAUAAUAAAAAAAUGGUACGAAGUAAUAUUUGUUCAAAAUAUAUGGACCAUACGUAAAUUCAGAAAAUUCCCUUGUCCUUUGUUUUUUUUAUUUUUAUUUUUAAGUAUCACACAAAAAAUAAAAAUCUAAAGAUACCGAUAAGACUCUUUUUACUUUUGUUGCAACAAACAACAUUCUUUCACUUGUUUAUGUGUUGGAAGAUAUUUUUCUAUUUCAGGCAAGUUUGUCUUUGGUUCCCUCACUCUCUCAGCUGCUGCUUUCUUUAAUGGUCAUUUGCACAACAAAACAUUCAUAUUGAUUAAAUGGUGUGUUCCGACGGUAUGAAACGAGCUGCAGAGGAAAUGGCUGUAAAUGAUGCAGUAGGAAAUGAAGAACUUAAAAGAAAAGAUUUUGAUCCUUCCCUGAAACCAGAGGGUCAAAAUUUCUCGAGAUCACCAGUGACCUGCUUAUCUGUGAGAGGUGAAUGGCUGGAGAGAUCAGAAAAUGAUUGUUUGGCUGCCAUGGAGGGGAAGGAUUUAAAUAGAUGCAUAGCUUCUUUAGAUGGUUCUGAGCCUCUGACUACUAGUUCUACAAUUGAUACAGGGCGUUUUGUGGAAGAGUUAACAGUGGGAAAUUAUAGGAACCAAAAUUUAGAUUUAGUUAGUAGCCCCAACAAAGCUAAGCAGGGCCAGUGGCAAUAUCUAUAUCAGUUAGCAAGUGGGUCUAGAAGUAAGGGUUCACAGGGCGAUUUGGCUUCUACUGGCAAGGAUCAAAUAUUGUUGAGAGUCAGAGAAGAGUUAGUAACUAUGAAUUCUGACCCGAGGAGUCUGAAGCUUUUGUCGAGCAAGUUACUUGAUCCUGCACCAAAGGGAGUUUUUGCAUAUAUGAGGGCUAGUGAAGACAAGAUUAUCUCAAGCAAUUCACUAUCUACUACUCCUGCUCGAUUGAAAACCUUGUCAACAUCUAGCUUUUCUCAGCUAUUUGUGAAGAAAUCCUUGGCAGGAAAGGGAUCUAUCUGUGGAGCCCCAGAGGCCUGCAGUGGGUUUGGUGGUGCAAUUGGGGACCAGAAUGAUGAAAAGCUGCACGAUGUAACUAAGGUAGCUUCUAGUGCUUUAUUAAAAUUAAGUGCCAACAAUGGUCAGUCUUCCACACAUAGAAUUGAUAGGUCUGGUCCUGAACUGUUCAAUGAUGGGAUCAGCCUAAGGGAAUGGCUUAAACCUGGGCAUAGUAAACUAAACAAAGCUGAAAGUGUGCUUAUAUUCAGGCAGAUUGUGGAGUUAGUGGAUUUCGCACACUCUCAAGGAGUUGUCUUAAAUGACUUACAGCCAUCUUGUUUCUUUUUACUGCAAUCAAGUAGAGUUAAAUACACUGGUUCCUCAACAGCCGUGAGAGAAUUAGAGGGUGUGAUGUGUCAAGAAUCAUUUCGGAAAAGGCCAUUGGAACAAGAUGAGCAUGCCUACCUUAGUUUGGGUGCAAAGCAGCGAAGAAUAUGUGAGGAAAUGAAUUCUAUUAGACAACAGCCUUACUUCAUGACUAAUGGUGGCUUAAGUACUAAAUCAAUGAAAGAGACUGAAAUUUCAAUCACUGGUCCAGAAGAUUCAGGACACACUGAACUUCAGUCUCAAAACAAUUCCAGCUGCCAAAAUAAAUCACUGGCUACACAGCAGACUAUUCCUGUAACUGUUCACAGGUGCCAAAAUAAAUCACUGGCAGCACAACAGUACGUUUCUGCAACUGUUCAGUCAGAAGAGAAGUGGUAUACUAGUCCAGAGAAUCUCAAUGAGAGAGGUUGCACAUUUUCAUCAAACAUCUAUGGUCUUGGUGUUCUUUUUUUUGAGUUGCUCUGCAUUUUUGAAUCAUGCGAGGCGCAUUCUGCAGUGAUGUUGGAUUUGCGCCAUCGGAUUCUUCCACCAAAUUUUCUCUCAGAAAAUCCAAGGGAGGCGGGCUUUUGUCUUUGGCUUCUUCAUCCUGAACCUUCAUCUCGCCCAACAACUAGUGAAAUACUCCAGUCUGAACUGCUAUUUGGAUCCCAAGAAUUGCAUUCUGGGGAUGAUUUCUCAGUAUCUGGUUCUGUUGAUGAUGGUGAAUCAGAGCCAUUACUUCAUUUCCUAAUUUCAUUGAAAGAACAGAAACAGAAUCAUGCCUCCAAGUUAGCUGAAGAUAUAGAAUGCUUAGAAGAAGAUAUUAAAUUGGCUGAGAGAAGGCACUUAAUAGGGACAUCCACAGCUUUUUCUUGGGGACAGGAAGAAAUUCCUAACGUAGGGAAAUUGGGGUUCCAUCUUCUAGAUUCUAUAAAUUCAGGUGCGUCACCAAGAUCAUUUUCAGUUUCAAAAUUAAAUGAAGAAAGAUUGAUGAGAAAUAUUGGUCAGCUAGAGAAUGCUUACUUCUCCAUGAGAUCCCAAAUCCAGCUUAGAGAAAAUGCCAUUGCAGAACGCUCUGAUAAAGAGGUGCUAAAUAACCGAGAAAGGUGGACACAUGUAAAAAAUGAACAUGAAAAACCAAGCAGAAAUCAGAAAAGCGUUGAUCGGCUUGGAGCCUUUUUUGAAGGUUUAUGCAAGUUUUGUCACUAUAGCAAGUUUGAAGUCUGUGGGACAUUAAGAAAUGGAGAUCUUCUCAACUCUGCAAAUGUGACUUGCUCUUUAAGUUUUGACCGCGAUGAGGACUACCUUGCAGCAGCUGGAGUAUCAAAGAAAAUCAAAAUUUUUGAGUUUUCUGCUCUUUUAGAUGACUCUGUCGAUAUCCAUUAUCCCAUUGUUGAGAUGUCAAAUAAAUCAAAGCUUAGCUGUGUUUGCUGGAACAACUACAUCAAGAACUAUCUGGCAUCAACAGAUUAUGAUGGUGUGGUUCAGAUGUGGGAUGCAGGCACUGGUCAAGGAUUCUCUCAAUACAUGGAACACCAAAAGAGGGCUUGGUCUGUUGACUUUUCUCAAUCCGACCCCACAAAGUUUGCAAGUGGAAGUGAUGACUGUUCUGUGAAACUGUGGAGCAUUAAUGAGAAAGAUUCUAUUGUCACCAUUUGGAACCCGGCCAACGUCUGCUGUGUUCAGUUCUCGGCUUACUCUACUCAUCUAUUGGCUUUUGGAUCCGCUGAUUACAAGAUUUACUGCUAUGAUCUUCGGCAUACAAGAAUCCCUUGGUGCUCAUUAGCUGAUCAUGGGAAAGCUGUCAGCUAUGUAAAAUUUUUAGAUUCAGAAACCCUUGUUUCUGCAUCUACUGACAAUACUUUGAAGCUUUGGGAUCUAAGUAAAACUAGCUCAACUGGGUUGUCCUCCACUGCUUGUAGCUUAACCUUUGUUGGUCAUACUAAUGAGAAGAAUUUUGUCGGUUUGUCUGUUUUGGAUGGAUACGUAGUAUGUGGCUCAGAAACUAAUGAGGUAUACAGCUAUUAUAGAUCUCUGCCAAUGCCAAUCACUUCUUACAAAUUUGGAUCAACUGAUCCUGUUUCUGGAAAUGAUAUUGGUGAUGAUAAGGGACAGUUUGUUUCUAGUGUCUGUUGGGGAAAAAAGUCCAAUGUGGUUGUUGCUGCUAACUCAAGUGGAAGCAUGAAACUAUUGCAGAUGGUGUGAGAAACAUUGUUCUCUCUAUGUUUGUAAUAGCAAUCAGUUCUCUUCCUCAAACAUAUCACCUUAGCUUGCUAGUGACAACAAUUAAUCUAAAGUCCUCUUUGGUUGGAAAUGAGUUGGACCUGAAAUUUGCUCUGGUUGAAGGCUAAGAGAGGGAACACAGUUGUUAUGGAGCCUUCUAAGUUGCUUUUUAUAGUUGUCUUGCAUCCACAUGGCAUUGCACAGGACAAAGAAAUCCAUUAACCUGCCGAUUCUGGCUGUUGCCCUUUGAUGAGUACUCCACGUUACACCCUUACUGUUGAGAUCAGAGAUUAGUGGAAGUUGACAAGAUAUGGGCAUAGCUGGUACAAAACCAGGGUUUGAGUUGCACUACCUCAAAAAAUUAGAAGCUAAGUGAAUAAAGAUCAUGGUACUCUUCAAUGAAUGAUUCCAAUCAUUUUCACCAGAGAUCUUUUAGACAAGUUAACAAGGUUCGCUGGAGUUGGAGAAGAUUCACGAGCUGUGGUAUCAAUAAUUUUUUGAGUGGUGUAUAUCCUGCACAAGCAGUUACCUUGCCAACAAACCAGUAGCAGAAAAGGAAUGUAAAUUAACUUUAAUUAUUAAGAAGGGUUUAGGUUAUACCAUGAUUGCUACUCAGAACUGUAUAUUUAUGUGGCUAUGUAGUCUUCCGAUUAAAAUUUUCAAGUAGUGAGAUAUGUUUUACCA